GUGGAGCUCGCGGAACUUGCAACAUGGCGGCGCCCUUUUCGAUUUCACAACACAUGAUGUCAUGACAUAUAUACUGGAUGAAACCAGAUAAUUCCACCAAGAACAAGCAUAUUGCUCACAAUUUGCGACUGGGUCGUUGAUACUGAAUGCUGCAAAGUUCGCCAAGUUGCACAGAACUGAGUAUAGUUUUCACGGUUGAGACGAAACCAUGGAUGCAGUCGCAAUGGACACCACGUCAAAUGUUCGGAAGCUCUUCGGAGGAUGUCUGUCUGCUGUUUUGCCUGCUGGUGUCAAAGAUGUCAGUGAACUGCGAGAGAUUCCAGACAACCAAGAGGUGUUUGUCCACACUGUGACCGACCAGAGUCUCAUCAUUGAGAUCUUGGAGUUCGUGGAGGAGCCAGAUGAACAAGCAAUCAGAACCCAUUUUGAUGAUGUUGCGGACAGCAAUGGUGCAGCCAGCAACGAGGACAACACACUGCAGCACACAGAGCAGGUCGACAAGCCACAGACGAGAAUGUCAGAAUGUGACAAGAUUUACUACAUCCUUGGACAACAGAAAGUUUCAAAGUUCAAAGAAUCUUCUAAGAACCUGAUCAACGUGCACAUGGGCCUCUUCCGUCUGCCCCAGUACACCACCGACAUCCUGGUGACCUUCAACGACCCAGUCAGUAUUGACCCAGACAGCAGCAGUCAUGCGGCAGUUCCAGUUUCCACCAGCAGAUGGACCGAGGAAGAGUUUCACACUCUUGUGAAGUCACUCUCCAUUGACGACCCAGACAUCUUCCCUUGAUUCCAUCAACUCCACAAAUCCAGUAUCCAGCCCCAGCUGGAACUCUGGUGUAGGCGCUGUCUGCUCCUGAUGCAAAGUUUGGAAAUGAUGCUAUCCUGAACUCUGGGGAGAGGGCCUCGGGAAGUAGAAGUUUAUAAGUGAGAAGUAAUGGAUGUCAGUCAUUAUCACAUCCUUGAAACCGUGUGUGUUUCUCUGCUUCACACAUACCCUGGGAUCAGACUGGUAACAUUGGACUGGCUUGAAAAUAUUCCAUGUAAUACUGACGGUGGGUGUUGUGUUCAAAAUUCAAAAUACAGAGAUACUGUCUAAUGAGUUUAUUUGCACAAUAUCAACAUUCUUUGGCUUUAAAAUUGAAAAAUGCUCAUUGACCCUAUUGGUGGUGGUGACCAGAAAGAACGUCAAUUUGCUCCUGUUUUAACCAGUUGAGUGAGUUACCUCCCUUCCCUGUCAGCUUGUCUAAGCUCCUCACACUGUCACAGUGAUAUCCCGUUAGUGGAUCUCUCUAUGCCAUCGCUGCCACCAGUCAAAACUCCCCACUGUGGUAGAUGACCACAACCAUGCUUGGAGUUGAACUCGCAACCAAAUGACUGUUUUGUUUACAAACAAGUGACGACUGUCAUGACGCCGAAUACACUUACCCCUGCUAAAUUACUUUGUUUGUUUGUCAAUUUGACUUUCUAUUUCAUUAAAACUGUCAUGUAAUUGAUAUUGUAAGAAUAUGAUGGAGAAUCUCAAACCAAUCUGAUUAUACAAACAACAAAGUAAGUUCAUCUGUAAAACAUGGUCAGUCGUAAACCUUUUCAAAAUGAACUAUGAUGGCAUUCCCAAAGACAUAAACAAAAGUAUUAACGUUACUACAUUGGUGGUUAGAGGCCAAAUUUCAAGAUUCUGGUGGCAGCGAUAUUACAGAGAGAGUAACGAAGGUGUCACAUGCUGGGAAAGAGCUUGUCAGCUUGUAGUGUGCUGUGCAGUGGGUUGAUCGGUGUCCCAUCCAGCAGCUUCAGUAUAUUGAUUCUACUUUAGGAAUCAAAGGUUACCAAUGUUGACAUCCCAGGGGUAGAUGUGAAGUGGUGGACACAUCGAAGAUGUCUUUAUCACUGAACUUAUUCAACGGAGAACAAGAUUCAUCUAUUAAGCAUGUUCAGGAAAAAAGUUUCCAAACUUUGUUGACUUAAAACAUGCAACAGGGGUCAUUUUUGGAAAUUGUCGUAUAUUUUACACAAUGAACCAUUAUUUCAAACAAACAAACCCACAUUGAAAAGUACAGCUUAAUGAUAAUUAUGGAUUGCUGUUACGUUUUGUGCAAACAAAAUACUGUGAAUGAUACACUGUGUAAAAGACAAGUGACCUCUCCAGGGUGUUCCAUCAGUGUUCAUGUUGAAGGCAUCUUCCUGAGGCAAAGUCGUCACGAUAUGGCUGAAAUAUUGCCGAUGUGACGUAAAGCAUAAACUCACUCACUCACUCCUGAGCAAAGGAGCUAACUGACUAUAAAAGUCCAGUUUCCACCCUUGCCAAACUGGGCUUGAAUGUCUGAGGUAUAUUUUGGCUGGCCUAACGAGUCUAUGCAUAGUCCAAAUCACGGAAAGAACAUGUGGUCCCUAAACAACUUGGCGACUGUCUUGCAGAUUUUGUCAACUGGUCCUCGACAGAUAUUUUCCAGAUAUUUUCCAAAUGUUUCAAUGAACUUGCACAAGUGAUAUGAUGCAUUUUGGGAGAAAAGACACGUUUAUUACAAUGUAAGUCUUGAUUAUCGAUAAGAUCGACUUAACUGGUCACCUACAGGUGGAAUCUGAUUGGCCAGUGGAAGGGACAUAUCUCGUUACAGCCUAUUGUGGCAUACGAUCAUGGCACAAAAUUCGAGCCAAGGUCAGCAAGGAAGGAAAGUGGACUUUUACAGUCAGUUAACUCCCUUGCCUCGGGAAGAUGUGUUGAAAGAUGCUGCAAGUUUUGUGAAAGCAGACCCCAUGAUGAACCGACCAUUUGAUAUUCUGGGAUUUUGUGAUCAGAUCAGAUAUGUUUCAGCUACAGCUGUGAAACCAGUGGCAGACUAUUUCCUAUUUUAACAAUCUAAAGCAUAAUUAUUAUUUUUCAAGCAUUUCCUGAAAAAUAUAUGUUUUUGAUAAAAUCCCAGGCCAUCCCCAGAAUACCAAGUAGUCUGUCCCUCAUGAGGUUUACUUAUGUUGAUAUUUCUCCUCGGAGAAUUUUAAGGUGUUUGAAUUAGGCCACACUUUUUUAAACUUGUUUUAUGGAUAAACCAAUUAUAUUUUUUUGAAAUGGGGGAAAAUAAAUAAAUCUGAAUUUGCUGCUUUUUUCCCCCCUGCCAAUAGUAUAUAUAUACCUUCUAAACAACGACCCACUAUUAAAUAUUUGUACCAAUGCUUAAUAAACAAACUUUUGUGAAGAAACUUA